ACUAUAAUAUAACGUUCAUAGGCGUCAGAAUUUUAUGAGAACAAUAACAACGUCUGUCGUUAUGGCAUAAUAAAUUCUAAGAAAUUUAUCAUGGGUAACCAGACGCUUAGGUCAGCAUAUUUCAAACAUCAAAGAGGUCGCCGCAUAAAAAUGUCGUAUGAAUCUUAUCAUCGGAUGCCAGACGCUUAGGUCAGCAUAAUUCCAAAGAUGAUACAAUAUAUUAAUGUUCACUGCCGUAUGCAUUUUAUGAGAAAAAUGGCAACGUUGUCUUUUUUCACGCCUACGCAUUUUGUUAUUUUACUAUAUAACCGGUUAAACGCUCUGUAUCUUGUCACAUUCGUGUUCAAUUAACGUUAACGCAUAGUUGAUUAUUUGAAAACUAUAAAUUUAUUAUUUUAACGCGCAAAUAAAAAAUCAUGAACCAGCAAACGUCUUCAACAGCUACUUCCACGACAUCUGUUUCGUCACAUCAGACGGCGAAGCGUAGUAGGGCCAACAACAGCGCGGUUAGGUCGAAAAGGUUACGUAUGCAAUUGACGGAUACCAGUGAUUUCAGCGAGAUCGAUUCCGCAUUGGAGCGGGGGGCCGUUUGGUUUUACCGGAAGAACGUGGAAAAUUUCGCGAGCUAUCGAGAUUUUCUGCGCGUCGUUAAACCUGAGCUGGUGGCCAGACUCGCUGAAAUUGUAGGUAACCGGCCGAUCAAGUAUAAUCUCAAAUUGGAGGCCUCAUACCAUAUACCUCGAUCAGAAGCACCGUCCGAAGACCGUGCCUUCAAGACACGGGCUAGGGCAUUGCUAUCCGAUACAGAUAUCGGGUGUGCGGUCGAUGAAGAUUUUGAGGUUAUGCUUGCCGAGGAAGACGCGUACUCGGGUAGGGGUAGCGGAUUCACUCUAACGCAUAUCGACGGUCUUAUGCUCAGCGUAUACAAGUAUACGCCCCUCGCCGGCUCAUCAUAUAUUCCUGUCCCGCCAGAGAUUAACCAAAGAAAAGCAAUCAUCAACCCACAGAAUAUCGAUCAGUCUUGUUUCAAGUGGUCCAUUUUGGCAAGACACGUUGGUGGGAGUAAUAAAUAUCGCGUUAAUGAAAAAUAUUUUAACGAGGAACACAGGUAUGAUUUCACGGGGUUGACGUUCCCCACACCUGUGUCCCAAAUUAAAAUAUUUGAACGACGAAACCCUAACGUGUCUGUCAACGUGUACGGCUUGGAACGAGACGACGAUAAGAUGAAGUGGUUGGUGUAUCCUCUAAGAGUCGCCGACCAAGAGCAACAGAAUCAUUUUGACCUGUUGUACAUCGGUGACUCUGAAAAGUCACAUUACGCGUACAUUUCCGAUUUUUCGAGGCUCGUGCGCAGCCAAAAAACUAAUCACAAAUGCCGCAUAUACACUUGCAAACGUUGCUUCACCAGCUUUGAUGAUCAGCCCAAAAAGCACAUUCUUCGGGGUCAACAAGCGUUGGAGCAACACAAGUUGAUAUGCGGCAAGAACAAGCCUAUUUUACCCGUUAUGCCGGCGGAGGGCAGUAAGGUCGAAUUUGACGCGUGGGUAAAGACGCAACGGUUACCGUUCGUCAUCUACGCCGAUUUUGAGGCCUUGCUGGAGAAAACAGACGAUCGUAUGGGUACAUACACCAGGACUGUGCACACCCACCAUCCCAUGAGCUAUGGGUUCAUGGUGAAAACAUCGGACGAUGUGCCCUCCGAGCUCCUCGAACGCUACGGUAUACCACAAUCACCGGUGAUAUACCGUGGGUCCGAGGAUCGCGAAGAGGUCGCCAAGGCAUUUGUGAUGGCUGUAACUGAAGUGACGCGUAACAUUUCUAAAUUGUUGCGCAAAACCAACGUUCCCAUCCGAAUGUCUGUCGAAGAUGUGCGCAGGCACGGGGAGAAAGUGGUAUGCGACUUGUGCUGCACGGCAUUCAAGGAUUCCAACCCCAAAGUCGCAGACCACUGCCAUUUAUCGGGGCGAUUCAGACAGACGUUGUGCAAUGCAUGUAACCUGAAAGUGAAGACGGUCAACUUUGUGCCGUGCUUCUUGCACAAUCUUUCAGGUUACGACGCGCAUUUCAUAGUCACUGAAUUGGGGUACGACGACCAAAGGAUUUCGGUCAUACCGAAUUCCGAGGAGAAGUAUAUUUCGGUCACGAAACACGUGACCAAUAACUUCUCCAUACGGUUCGUCGAUACCUUCCGGUUCAUGGCCUCCUCCCUGUCCACCUUGGCCGGUAACCUAAUGACGCCUGACUUUGUUAAAUUCCGGGAGACGGCCAAGGUGUUCCGCCCGGAAGAAAUGCCAUUGGUGACGCGUAAGGGUGUAUACCCCUACGAGUACACUGAUAGUUGGGCUAAAUUGGAAGAAACGGAACUACCACCUCAGGACGCUUUCUAUAGUCAGUUGAGUGAGUCUAAUAUUGAUGACGACGACUAUAGACAUGCCACGGAGGUGUGGAACCGUUUCGACUGCUCAACCCUCGGUGAGUACAGCGACCUAUAUCUUAAGAUCGACGUGUUGUUGUUGGCUGAUGUGUUUGAGAACUUCCGCGACAUCUGUAUUUCAACAUACAAUUUGGACCCGGCGCACUAUUACACCGCGCCUGGUUUUAGCUUCGAUUGUAUGUUGAAAUACACCAGGAUGAAGCUGGAGCUCUUGAACGACUACGACAUGCUACUGAUGGUGGAACAGGGCAUUCGUGGUGGGCUAGUGCAGGCCGUCAAGCACUAUGCAAAGGCCAACAAUUCUAAGACACCAGAUUACGAUCCGUCAAAACCAGAAUCAUGGAUCGUGUACCAAGACUGCAAUAACCUAUACGGGUGUGCUAUGAGUUAG